AUGAAGGGCAUCUGCGGUGCUGCAACUGUUAGCCUUGUGCUUUGGAUAUCAUUGAUAAGAAACGCCCACGCGGAGGAUGAGCCUCCGCUGUCUGUGCUGACAGCUGCAGGGGAAGAUGGGCAAACCCCACUGAUCGUGCUGACGAGCUCCACAGCAAAGCCACUGACAUCGGAGGCAAAAAAAGACGCAACAACGGAGACAGGCACCACCAGCGAUGCUGAAGGGGAAGUAACAAUUGUUCCAGAGACACAAAACGAGCCAACACGAGCCCCCCCCAAGAAGAAGCCUGCACUCAACUUCCCUCAGGGUUAUCUCGAAGCCCAACUGCUUUCAAUGCCUGAAAUGUGGAACAGUUCUCCCCAUUUAGCACCUGUCUCCCCUCCGUUCUACUACCCAAUGCCGGUUUAUUUCCCAUAUCCCAUUCCAUUCAUGCUGAAUCAAGCUCAAAGUCUGCGCAAAGUCAGCCCUGAAGAUCGAUUCGGAGCGAAGUUAAAUGAACUAUUGGCCGAGACUCUACUCAAGGACUCGGGUUUGAAUCUGAAGAAGAUUUGGAAGGACCAAAACGAGAAUAAGAUCACGAACCACUCGCGACCAAACAAAUGGCGAGGCAAGUGGAGAAAAAAGGCAACAACAACUUCCACAGAGGCAACAACCGAAGCAGCAAAUCCCACAGAACCCACAAGAUUGAAGAGGAAGGGGAGUCCGCAAUGA